UGGAAAUGGAACGCAGUUCGUCUCUUUAGCCCUUCCCUACCCGUCCAAACCAAAUAAUAACCUUUAAAAUAAUUUGACCCAAAUGGAACGGAAGUUAUCCAAUAGACUACGAUACGAUUAUUUUUGAUAAAACAAAGAAGGUGUGAUGUGAUGUGAGUAAUGAAGGGUGUUGAGAAUUCCAACGUUAAUUAAUUAUAAGCUUUUCAAGGGUUGUUUAAUUGCCUAAAGAUUUAAUGCUGGAUGCAUAUCACAUUGGCAUUGUCACUCUGUUAAAUGUUCGUCUUUCUCCGAAUUCUGUCUCUCUGAUUGCUGCCAUCGUUUUCUCUGCAAGCUUUAUUUGUCUUCUUCAACUUCAUUCUGCGCUCACGAGAGCAUCCAAGGAAUUAACGAGACGAGAUCGUCUCCAGAGAACAUGGCAAAAAAAACGAUGGCGAGCCAAGCCACUGUUUGGGCCGUGAUCUUGCUGAUGAUGUGGGCGGCGGUGCUGGUUGGCGGGGCAACGCUCGCCGACAAGUGCAGCAAGGACUUCGAGAAGGUGACGGCUUGCCUGAACUACGCGACGGGGAAGGCGGCGACUCCGUCGAAGGAUUGCUGCAGCGCCGCGACGGAGAUCAAGGACAGCGACCCCGUCUGCUUGUGCUAUAUCAUAGUGCAGGUCCACAACGGCAGCGCCCAGGUCAAGAGCUUGGGCAUUCAAGAGUCUCGCUUGCUUCAGCUCCCCUCUGCUUGUAACCUGGCCAACGCCAGUAUUACUGAAUGCCCAAAGCUUCUAAACAUCCCUGCAAGCUCUCCUGAAUAUGCCAUCUUCACAAAUGCUUCCAUAUCAUCCCCGACCUCUCCGAGUACAUCGUCGCCGGGGAUGGUAUUGCCGAGUACGGAUUCUAAAUCCGGCAAGUCUAAGGAAGGGCCUCCUCAGCUCGCAGCAGCACUCGUCACCAUUGUUGCCACGGCCGUCUUGUUCUCUGCGUUCCCAAUUGAAGAUGCCGCGUCUGUAUUCUACACAUGAGGGUUCAACGAACAGAAACUAAGACGAUCUGGAAGGGGUUAAGGCUUCCAUGAUUUGAUGGUGGUUUUUAUUGAUUUAAGUAUCUUAUUCCCAAAUGAGGAAAAUUGCUAUGGUUCGUUGUAUUGUAGAACAAACGCGAGGCUGGCUGGCUGGCUGGCUGGCUGGAUGGAUGGAUCAAGCUUUGUGUUUGAGUUCUGUGUUGAUGCCUGGAUUAGAAUUAGGGCUCUAGCCUCUAGUCAGUGCCUGCCAUGGCCCAUGGGCCCAUUAACUAAACAUUGAAUAGUUUUAAGAUCUAUAAUAAUUUAUUUAGCAUUACUUUAAAACGUCUCUGCAGAUGAUGCAAUGCAACCUGGGCUUUAAAAAAUUCUAUGAAAUAAAUGCUUGUUUCAGUCUUCA